CACCCCCUGGAUCUCCGCCGGAAGUGGGCGGAUCACCGCUGCCUCUCCAACCGGACCGCUGGGAUGAAGGAGAGCCGGGGACGAUCUCGGGGCUGACGAGGAAUCCAGCACAGACAACCCAACAGCACCGAGAUUCAGAAGCUCCCAACACGCGAUCGGUCGCUCCGCAGCGGGCAGGGAAACGGAACAGGCUUCGGAAACCCAGCACGGCCUCAAGAUGAUGGAAGAAAUCGAUCGAUUUCAAGUCCCGACCGAGGCAGAGAUGCAGGCCCUGGACCCGGCUUCAUCCACUGCCUCUGAGGCUGACUCGGACACAAGAGAGAGUGAGCCAGCCACCCUCAACUACAAACCCUCACCACUGCAGAGGAAAAUAGAGAAACAGCGAGAGAUGGCCAGGAAGGGUUCACUGAAGAACGGCACGGCUGGGAGUCCUGUCAAUCAGCAGCCCAAGAAAAACAAUGUUAUGGCCAGAACAAGGCUGGUUGUUCCCAACAAAGGCUAUUCCUCUUUAGACCAGAGCCCAGAUGAGAAACCAUUAGUAGCUCUAGACACAGACAGUGAUGAUGACUUUGACGUGUCCAGAUACUCUUCAUCGGGAUACUCCUCGGCUGAGGUGAGGUCACUAAGGGAACAGCAAAUAAACCAGGACCUGAACAUCCAACUGCUGAAGGACGGCUACAGACUGGACGAAAUCCCUGACGACGAAGACCUGGACCUCAUCCCGCCAAAAUCCGUCAACCCCACCUGCAUGUGCUGCCAAGCCACAUCUUCUACCGCCUGUCAGAUCCAGUAAAACACUUCUCUAUCCGUCUAUCUCUCUCUCCUCACCCUCAUCCCCCUAUAAAAAAAUAUUAAUAUCAAUAUUACAGCACGAAAUGUACAGUUAAUGUUAUGAACAUGUAAUAUAGACACAUACAUGCACAUACACCCGCACACAUAUACAUACAUACACAAUAAUGAUAAUUAAUGUUAAGACUAUUAUUGGUAGCGCCCUCCUAUGGUAGGGAGCUCUGUAUGCUAGCCAGCUAGGAGUGCUUAUGUACUCGCGCCUCCUAGUGGAUGUUGUGUAAUAUUGUACAAGUGGAGGUAGAUCAGUUUAAAAAAAAAAAGUCGAUUUCCAGUUUAUUGUUCAUCAAACACUUGGUGGUGCUACUGUGGACUGGAGUAGGCUUAUCCAGUGUAGUGACUGCUUCCAUGCUGUAUUUACUGCAUUUACUUUAUCAUUCUGUUUUUUGUCCUUGUUUUUUAUUUUUUUUUUUAAACGGACAGCCCUACUGUAUGUGCUUGAGGACGUUGCCAUGGCAUCAUGUUUUUUUUAGCAUUUUUAGGAUGUUGUUAUGGUAAUUGCUCAUUUGCGGCACUAAACGCGGCAUUGUAACACUGCACUUUGCUUUUGUUUGCCACUUCUGUAUACUUUUAUUCACAGAAUUGUGACAUUAUUUAUUGCAUAUCAUGAGUCGUCAGUGGUUUAGAGAGGAAUGUGUCAUUGAAAAAGAAAUCAAACUAGCUAGCUACUACAACAUCGUAACCCCGUAAUUGCUUAUUUCACCAAUUGCAAACCGUGUUUAUUAGAAGUAGGUCUUGGUUUGGGCCAUCAAUGUCAAAACUUUGUCAAAAAAACGGGAGAACAUUUUUACGCUAUUGCUAAUUUGUGCUAGCUUAAUGCUGAUGUACAUGAACCUGAGCUAUUUUCUAGCUGUUCUAGAUUAAACAUGGACAUUUGAAGCUUGUAAAAUACGUUCCAUGUUUUAUUACGAGCUGUUAAGCUUGUAACAGACACUGACGUGCAUUUUACCUGGUGGAAGUUCCACAGUGACUCUUCUGACUUUUCUAACAUUGAAAUUUGGUCAGACUGCUUCUCAUAUUCACAAUCACUGAUGUAUCUAGAACCUCCAGAAGGCAGGGAAUGACAUUUAACCACAUGAAAUUGGUCACAGCCACUAUAAAAAAGGGAAAAAAGUGUGAUUGGUUGAUUCCACAGUUACUUCAUAUUGGUAUUAGUCAACCUAAUGUGUCAGGCCUUCAGUUCAGCUCCUGAAGGCCUAACCAAUGGGAGCACUGUCUUGGUCUCUAUGUAGAUAAAAUGAAGACAGAAAUUCCUGAUUUUUAAAUCAAGAUUUGAACCCUUUUCGUUUCCAACCAAACUUAAGAAUGAAAUGAGAGUAUUACUACAAUACUUCACGAUUUAAUUAAAUACAAAUAAACAAAAAAUUACAGAUGUUAUGUUUAGUUCCCAGAAAUCAUUAAUUGAAAACUCACAAGAAAUGAAUUAGUGUUGCACAAUAUGAACAAAAUACCUUAAUUGUGGUCAUUUUACUGCAUGUUGCAGUUGCGAUAGGCCUUGCAAUCUUUUGGCCACUAGUACACCUAAAUUGUUCCCUUAUGAGUUGUAUGCUAGUUUAGAUCUGUGAUUGGUCACAGCUCAGUGUCAUUGUGAUUGGUGAAAUAAGCUCAUUUGCAUUUUGGGGUAUCAACACUGCAAAGGCCGAUAUCCUGAUAUUGUGCAGGCCUAGCACAACUGACUGCUUCUGGAAGUGAGCUUCCAGCAUUGUCACAAAAAUUUUAUAUAAACCCACCUUGCUGUCUCUGCGUUCACACCACAGUCGUCCUUAAAACCAAGAGUGACCCCACCAUUGUGUUUUCACCAAAGAACGGUCACCAUAGUCCUCCUCUGCAUGCAUAUCCUAACUGAAAUCCUCACUAUUUGCAUUACAACAAAGAAAAGCUUUGGGGAUAUUAAUAAUUCACUGAUAAAACAUGUGUUCCCAAUAUUAUGACCCAUAACAAAGUCUAAAGAGUUUGAUAGGAUGUUCAUAUUGUGGCAUUAACCUUAAAAUGACCUCUAAAUAUUCUACACAUUGCUUUCAUCUACACUGUCUCACACAUUAGCUAAUGUUUUUGCAUGUUGAGUCCAGAGGUGUUUGGUUAGUUGGCCCAACCACAAUUAGUUGCAAUGAAUGAAAGUGAAGGAAAACAAACUCUAAAUGAUGAAAUAUUUGUAUUGUCACUAAAACAAGAAGUAAUCAAAAAGUCUUGUCCAUGUCAAUUUAAAAAUAAUGAUGACUUUUAAUUUUCAUUAUAGUCCGUAAGCUCUGAUGUACUGUAUGUACUAUUCAUUGCAUCUUCAUUUUCUUUCUUUUUUAUAAAAUUUUUUGUUAUUUUACCCAAAACCGUAAAAAAGAACCAACAAAUAAAUGCUACUCUCAGCAUGUUUGAAAAUAAUUUUGCUACUCUGUUUUCAUUAUGGUCCAUAAGUUCUCAAAUACAUUCAAAAGUUUAAAAGCCCCCCGUCAAAUUACGUUUUGUUGGUUUUCUAAGUGGAAAUAAGUCAACGCAUCCUCUAUGUAGAAAGUAUAUUAGGCAGUUUUAGUGCAGUAAUUCUAUUCAUUUGCGGAAUAUAAUGUAUUGGAACAAACAUGAAAUAAGAAGUGAUGGAAAAAAAAGCCACAACAUCGAAAAUCGACAAAAACGUUACUUGACCCGGGGUGCCAGGACUUUUGCAUAUGACUGUAUGUACACAUUUUUAUUUGCACAACGUGAUUUGUUUUACUUUUUAAUUCUGUUUUUACUAUUUUGCAAAACUCGCUCAAAGCAACAAAAACUACUGCAAGUUUAUGGUUAGUUCCCAUUAAAGUCCAUAAGCUGCACUCCUUUUUUCAUUGUACUAUAUAUUUUAAAUUACUGUCAUUAUUACUUUUAUUGAUUUACUGGUUUAUUUAUGAAUUGUUUAUUUGAACUUUUAUCAUAUUGUAACUAAGCUUUUUGAAGUCAGUUGAAUACUUUUUUAUUUAUUUCAUAUUUUUUACAUUUAUAAUUUAUUUAUUUAUUUAGUGCAUAAGGUUUCUGAGCCAUAACUUGCAUAUGACUCGGCAAAUAAAUGUUAUUGCCGGCACACAUUUUGGAAUAAUUUUGUUAUUCAUAUUGUAUGUAUGCACAAAAUAUGUUUUUAAUCAUGAAUUUUAAUCAUUUUUGUUAUGUUUUAUUACUAUGUUAUUUUGCAUAAGUCAUAAUUUGAAUAUGUAACUAAAUACAGUAGAACUUAUUCAGUGACAUUAACAGCACUGUUAUUAAAUGAACUCCCAGAGUGUUAAACAGGGAGAAUUGACCUCAGUAGGUUUAUAACUGGUGGUUUUUACUGUGUUUUCAUUUUAAACUGCAUUAUCUGCUUGGAUCCUCAUUUUUCAAAUUUAAGCUGUUCACAUUGUGCUUGUUCUGUCCUCUGUUUGCCUUAAACAGUCCAUCACAGCAUUCAUUUUUUGUUCAUUUUUAUCUGCCAAAAUCCGGGUUAUAUUUAUAUUUGUACAUGCGAGCUGUAAAAUGGACACCCUUUUUUGUUAUUGUUUUGUUUUUUUACAGUUACAUUACCGAUGGUGAAAAUAUCCAUUUACAUAUUAACUAUGUUAUUACUCGUCUCAGUUGUGUAUGGAACCAAUAAAACAUAAAGCAGAAAUA